AUGGGUAAAAUUAGCGGCUCUAAGAAAAGUUUCUCGUUAUGGAUAUCAAAGAAAAACAAAGUUCAUGUGGAAAAAAUACAUGUGUCAAACAAAGCAGUAACCUUACAAGAUUCGUUGAGACCAAUCUUGAUUAUCGGGCAAGCGUUCGGUUUAUUUCCUGUCAUCGGAUUAUACAGCAAGCAGGAAGCUAACUUGAGGUUUUACUGGAUUUCCUGGAAAUGCCUUUAUUCAAUAGUAUUAUUGACCGGGCAAAUAUGGAUGUGUAUUAUGUGUUUUAAUCAAAUGUUUCGUAUGGAAACUACAUUGCAGUCUACAUCGCCAGCUAUCUUCUAUGGAACAACGUGUAUAUCUAUAGCAACGUUUCUGCAAGUAUCUUUAAAUUGGCCAGAAUUAAUCAAACACGCAAUACAAAUAGAAGAUUUAGAUCCCAAUUUUGAUACAACUUUGACAUCAAAAUGUUACAUUACUUGCGCGAUUGUUCUUGUCCUAGCCAUCAUAGAACAUAUUCUUUCUCUACUGUAUGCAUUAAGUGAAGCCAUAGCGUGUUAUUCACAUACACAUGCUAGCACGUACGAAGGGUUUGUGAGAGUAUCUUAUCCUUGGAUGUAUAACUGUAUGCCUUAUUCCACUUUACUGGGUAUAAUAACGCAGUUUCUGCAUUUUCAAGCAACUUUUAUUUGGAACUUCUCGGAUCUGUUUGUAAUUUGUACAAGUUAUUACCUUACUUCAUGCCUCAAUAAUGUCAAUCAAAAGUUACUAAUAGCGCAAGGCAAGUAUUUGCCAGCAUCAUUCUGGCGCAGUGCGCGUGAGGAGUAUAGCCGCGUGACACAGCUUGUAAGGAAAGUUGAUAACGUCAUUAGUGGAAUAGUCUUCAUAUCUUUUGCAAACAACUUAUUCUUUGUUUGUUUGCAAUUGUUUAAUACAUUAGAGAACGGAAUAAAAGGCACUGGAGCCUGCCGUGCUAGUCGCCUCACAGGGACUACCUUAUUCGCUGGUUACGAGGGGCCCGCGUAUUUCAUAUUUUCUCUCGUGUACCUUAUCAGCCGAUCUGUGGCAGUUUCGCUGAUCGCAUCGCAAGUAAACAGCGCCUCUUUGCUGCCGGCCCCGGUUUUAUAUGAUGUCCCAUCACCGGUAUACUGCAUCGAGGUUCAAAGAUUCAUUGACCAAGUUCAUGGAGAUAAUGUAGCAUUAAGUGGACUGCAGUUCUUUAGUGUCACUCGUGAGUUGUUAUUAACGGUUGCCGGAACAAUAGUCACAUAUGAGCUAGUAAUGUUGCAGCUUACACCUUCAGAAUCUACGGCUAAUAGGACUUUGACAUAG